GGAAGAUCGCAGGUAGGCAGAUGGCCGGGUGGGCACACACGCACCGCACACAGACACACACACCUUUCUGGUUUUGGAUAGUGAAAAGAGAAGGAAGCUCCGACUCACCGUCGACCGCUCCUUUCACUCCUCAAUCUCGACGAAGCGCGCGCGUUCUCUCUGGUCUACUCUUCUCUUCUCUCGACUUCCCCUCUUCCCUGUCGCUCGCCUUGCUCCGACGCGGAGAUCGAGCCGGGUGAAGCGGCGUCCCAACAAGCUCGACGAGGGGGAAGAAAAUAAAAAGGGAAGGAGUAAUAGUGGAAGACGACGACGACGACAUCAACAACAAGUCGGUAUUGGCGGCAGCAGCCACUCCACGCUUGAGAUUCAUGGACAUUGGCUCCUGGGCCGAUGCCAUGUCGAACGAUCGGGAUGUUCCACAGCUGCAGCAGGGUCAGGACUCUAAGGAGGGCCACUUCGCUCCGCCGAUGACGUCCUUUGAUGCUGAUGCCGAUGGCAUCGUCGAUUAUGGGCCUUCGUCGAACAGCGAUGCUUCCACUGCCAACUUUCUCGCCGGGAGUGGGCCCGGUCUAACAUUCUCGUCCCCAAAGGCCGUCUCGAGCUUCGUCGACGAUGUCGGCAUAUGGGACAAGGACACAGGGCUCCAUGACGCACCUUCGGCCGCCAUGGCUGCAUCGGCAGCCGCUUUUCGCAACCACAACUCCACCGACUCGACGACGUUCACCACGUCGCCGGACGAGUCCAUUGCCGGUGGGCCGACAUUGACGUCUCCCUCGGACGACGUUGCCUCCUUUCGCUCAUCACCAAGCUACAACACCGCCGAUGGGUUUUCCUCCUCAACGAGAACACACAGCAUCGACGGCACUUCGGUGCAUUCGUCCUUUGAUCAACACAAACGGACGAGCUCCAUGAGCUCUUCAUCAUCGCACUAUCCAGACUACAAUGCGGCAGCAGCGGCCGCCGCGGCUGCGGCAUGGAACGGAGCAUCGCCCGCGCUUGCAUCGAAUGUCGUCCCUGACCAAGGCUUUGCCGCCGCCGCUGCCGCUGCAGCAGCAGGAACCCUAGGUGUCGGCGUCGGAAGCGGCGGGCCAGCGGUGGGGGCAGGAGGCUACUACAAUGUCGGGGGAGCGCCUAGCGCAUUUCGUCCCGGAAGCGCAUCUGAUACGGCCCUGACACCCUUCGGAGGAGCGGCGAGAAUCAACAGCAUGGCACCCAUGACGAGCGAGCAGGCUGCAGCUAUGGCCAGCCUCGCCGCUGCUCAGCAGGGGUCGCAGGCCAUGGGCCCUCCCCUUGCGAUGCACCCACCCCCGCCCUCGCUUGCACCACCAGCAUCGACGACCGCUUCGACAGCUGCAAACGCCAUCUCGGCAAAAAGCAGCAACAACAACAUCAACCAUGGCAACAGCAACGGUAGUAACAACAAUAAGAGGGGCCAGACAAGCGAUGGGACAAAGUCAUCGUCGUCCUCCUCAGCAGGGGCGGGAACCACGCGGAGGACCAAGUUCCGAAGAAGCAGGACGGGGUGCAUGGUCUGUCGAAAACGCAAGGUCAAGUGCGAUCAGGACGGGCAGCCUUGCAAGCAAUGUCGGAUCGGCAAGCGCGACUGCCACUACGAGGAGGCGCCGCAAAAGCGGAGACGAAAGACGCGGACGGACGGGGAGGGCCAGUCGAUGGCAUCCAAGUCGGACGCAGGCGAGACAGAAGGUCUGGGGCCGGGGCAGAAGAGGACCGCUGCUGGGCAAGCAGAGGCGAGUACUGGCAAGGUCAAUGAAGAGCGAGGGCUCCCAGAGGCUCAGCAGGCGGCGGCGGCGGCGGCGGUGGCGGUGGCGGAGAUGCCCAUGUUUGCGCACUCCCUCUACUCUUCUACCUCGUCUCUUCUGCCAGCACCGCCGCCAACGUCGAUGGGCACCUCGUCGUCGUCGCCCUCGUCUGCAGAGACGAGAGGGGGAGUCGGCGUCAGUGCGACGCUCGCACCUGCCGUCGGCAACGUUCUCGCUCACAGCAGCAACAGCGACGCCACCGCUGUUGGGAAUAGCAGCAUGAGCAACAGUGACUUGCCAUCCGGCAUCGUUGCGGCAAAUGUGGCCGAGGAUGCCAUUCUUGGCCCCUUCUCGGCCGCCUAUUCACCCAGUGUAGACGACGGUGCGGACUCGUGGCCCCCCGACGACUGGUCCACAGCGCUCGACGGCGCGAGCGAGAUGAAGAAAGAGUCGGCCAACGAUGAGCGAGGCGCUGGGCUCUUUGAGGGCCCGAUCGCAUCAGCGUCAGAGGACAAGCAGGGGUCGAUGACCACCUCGUCGACCCAAAGUCUAGACGAGCCCGUCGAGGGCGACGACGGUCUGCGGCUAUCGGAGCCACCGUCGUCGACACUCAAAGCCUCCGCGGGCGAAGAGGGUGUGCCACUGUACGACGAGCACUCCCCCAGCACCUACCUCACCUCGACUUCCUCGUCGGAGUGGGGCCUCGGUCAAGAAGUAUCGGUAUGACUCUUUAUUAUCGCGAUUCACUAUAGCAGCAGUAGUAUCCUCCCCUUUACCACCACCACCACCACCUACUCGUGCAGCCAUCAUCCUGCCUUCGCUCGGACCUGUUGUACCUCUAGAGGAAGACUGCAAGAAAAGCUGGAAUAAAUACAACCCAAAAUUCAUUAGCAG